GGAAAACUACAAUCCCAGAAUUCCAUGCGUUGCGGUUCGUCAGGGUGAAUGAUAACACAGCCACACGUUGUCGUGCUGCAGCGUACAAGUCUGUUCUGUUGAAUUCUACGCGAUUACCACCAGGAAAAACUCGUCAUGUAUUUAUUAAUACUGAUCAUAGUCUUUUCAGUGGUUGUUCUUCUGUCAGUUUUAAUGGCUCCUUACAUCAGGAAAUAUGUGGCUGGUGGUGUGUGUUUGUCUCAGGCUCGGCUAAGCGGGAAGAUUGUGCUCAUUACCGGGGGAAAUACGGGGAUUGGGAAGGAGACGGCGCGGAAUCUCGCAGCACGAGGCGCCAGGGUGAUCCUUGCAUGUCGAAGUGUAGAGAAAGGAGAAGCAGCAGCUGCUGAGAUCCGCUCCAAAGUGUCUGGAGCCCAGGUGGAGGUGCGAGAGCUUGAUCUGGCUGACACCUGCUCCAUACGAGCCUUUGCACAGCAGUUCCUUAAAGAGGUGAGCCAUCUUCAUAUUUUGAUCAGCAAUGCUGGUGUAAUGAUGUGUCCCUACACAAAGACUGCAGAUGGUUUUGAAAUGCACUUAGGUGUUAACCAUCUAGGCCACUUCCUAUUGACAUACCUGCUCAUUGGUCUACUGAAGCGCAGUGCCCCAUCUCGCAUUGUUGUUGUGUCCUCCCUGGCGCACAACUUUGGCUGGAUCCGUUUCCAUGAUCUGCACAGCCAAGGCAGCUACAACAGUGGCCUCGCCUACUGCCAAAGCAAGCUGGCCAAUGUGCUGUUUGUUCGAGAACUGGCACGCAGACUCGAAGGAUCGGGUGUGACGGUGAACUCUGUGCAUCCAGGCACGGUGCGCUCAGAGCUGGUCCGACACUCCACAGUCAUGUCCUUGCUCUUCACAUUAUUCUCAUUUCUCCUGAAGACACCAGAGGAGGGGGCACAAACGUCAGUAUACUGUGCUGUGGCUGAGGAGCUCCAUUCUGUCAGCGGGAAGCAUUUCAGUGACUGCACCCCUGCAUUUGUUGCACCCCAGGGAAGGAGUGUUAAGACAGCUCGCCAACUGUGGAAUGUCAGCUGUGAGCUUCUAGGCAUUGAGUGGGACUGAUCCACUGUGCCAUCUCUACAGCCACCCUGCCCUAUGCACCGUUUUUAGAGGCGCUCUCAUCUCUUGCAGCUUUCUCCUGUCAGUCACCAAGAUACCAUUACACUGCUUUUUGUAUAAUGGUCAAUAAGAAGUGUAAAGGGGGGGGAUUACAUACAAAUUAUGUUGGCAAAUUAUUUGUGGAACUACGUACUUCUAAGGCCCUAUCUUUCCUUGUUCAUUCAUGGACCUUUUUAAGCUUUUUUUUUUUUUUUUAAAGCAUCUGAGACAUUAACAGUUUACAUUCAGCAUUCAUAACGUGUAAACUUGCCUUUAAUGUACCUCAUGUACUGAGGUACAGUUGUCUUUUACUACAUUUGUCUUAAUGAUUAGAGUGGAACCUGUUAAAUGGAAGAAGUGAGUAUACUUUCUUGUACAUUAAAUGGCACCAUGUGGUCA